GUGAGAGAGAGAGAGAGAGAAGCAGGUUUGAAGGGUGAAAUUAAAACCCUUAGGGAAGCUACGCAAUGAAGCAAAACCAGGAGGAAGUGAGCAAGUGGCAGAAUAAAGAGGCUGCAAGAAACUAGAAGAAAAAGAGGACAAUUGUGGAAAAGGGUAUAUAGGAAAAAAAAACGUGGACAGCGAUUUCCAGAAGUAAGGUGGGGCAAGGCUGCUGGUAAGCAUGUGGCAUUUAAGUGAUAUAUAUCUACUCCAUAUUAAACAGAUCACACUCUGGGCCUUCCUUGCCAUUUAAAACCUAUAGUCUUCCUCACCCCGGGGAAGUCUUCUUCAAUCAAGAGUUGAACCACUAGGAGAAGGAUUACAAGUGUGAUUAUUACACAGCCGUCAAGAUGAUGCAGCAAAUUCUUCAAGAUAUGUACAUCGAGCCUGAUCUGCUACAGGAGCUAAAUGAGGAACAGAAGCAGAUUCUUUUCUAUAAGAUCCGUGAGGAGCAGGUGCGCCGCUGGAACGAGAGGGAGAGCAGAGACCCCAGUUCAAAUGUCCGCAAGAGGAGUGACCGUAGAGGCAUUCAGUGGCUGCUGGGCUCUGAUGGUGAGGUGUGGGUCUGGGUCAUGGGGGAGGCCCAAGGAGACAAACCCUACAAUGACAUAGUAGAAGAGCUGAUGGAGGAGAGAGCCAGGAAACAGGCCAAGCGAGAGGCACGGGAACUCUGGCGUAUGAAGGAAGCAGAGAUUGAAAAGAAGUUUCGGGAUGCCAUGGCAAAGGAGAAGGCUCGGUUUGUAGCGGAGAAGUGGAAGGAGGAGACAGAUGACAGAAAGGCAGCCAAGCAAGAGGAGGAGGAAGAGGAUCGUAUUCGAGAGGAGCUGAAGAAAUGUGAGCAGGAGGAAAGACAGAAAGGUGAGGAGGAAAUCCGGCAAACAGAGGAAAGGCGAGCGAAGGAGCUGUUCAUCUCUCUGAAGCAGGAGGAAAAGAGAAGCGAAAGGGAUGACAAGGAAUGGCAGGAACAAUUGCGCCGCUCCAAAGCGGCUGAUGAGGAGAUGAAGUGUAAGGCUCGCCGCGCCAGAGAUGAGUACAAACGCCAGUCCCUGCGCGCCAUCGAGAAAGGCCUCGUGGCUGGCCUCAGUGGACUGUUCCUGAAGACACAUCUGAAUGGCUCGGGUCAGAACCGACGCCACAGUGACGUUAUCGAGCGGCCAUCAACUACUCCUGCUGAUGCUAGCCAAUCACAAUCUGCUGUUGGAAGUGCGGUCGCCCCUGUCCAGUGCCACCGCAGACAGAACCGCAGAUACAGCAGCCCACAGACACAGUCAAUAACAGAGGGCCCAGUGUGGAUUCGGCCACCUAGGCCAACUUCUCGUGAUUCCAUCAUGCGGUGGUUUAAGGAGGAGCAAAAACCCAGAAGAGCCGGCUAUGAGAGGAGCGGUAACGCCAUUGCCCCUUGGUUCCAUGGGAUCAUCUCUCGGCAAGAUUCGGAGUCCUUGCUAAUGAAUGCUUCUGAAGGCUGUUUCUUAGUAAGAGUGAGUGAAAGGAUCUGGGGAUACACUCUGUCCUACCGGACGGCCUCUGGCUUCAAACAUUUUCUCAUCGAUGCCUCGGGUGAUUACUACAGCUUCCUUGGAGUGGAUCAAAACCGCCAUGCUACUUUAGCUGACCUCAUCGACUUCCAUAAGGAGGAGGUGAUAACCACAUCUGGAGGAGAGCUGCUGCUGGACUCUUGCAAGCUCAGAGGCUCUACGCCAGAUUAUGGAGGACUCUUUCAGUGACUCUUUCCUCCAUCCUUAUCUUUUAAUACUCUGAAUUUAACCUUCACAAAAUAGUUAAGCACUGCAUCACCUAGAAGCACAGUGAUUUCCCUAAUGAUCACAUCCUUGUGGCCAAUGACCACACCUCAUGCCUUCAUCAGGAAUUAAUAAAACUACUUUGUCAGGAGUUAAUAAAACUACUGAUUUCUAUUCUAAUCUGCUUGGUCACUUCUUGUACAGGGAAUAAGGAGAAUGCCACCUCGUGUGUUGAUUAAGCUCAGCAGGAUUAAAGGGGUAUGUGCUAGUCUGUGCCUCAAUGAUUCUCACAUCACUGAAGCAAAACCUGAAUCCACACAAAAACCUCCCUCCUCCAUUCAGACCAGUUCCAACUGCCUAACCAUCCACAUCAGCAGCCUACUAGCCUCCUGCUGCCUCGCUGCCCUCCAAACCACACACACAGCACCAACACACACAAACACAGGAAUAAACAGAGUCAGGUGAUGUGCAUGGCUCACCUUGCUAAGUCGUGUAUUGUUCAUUGAAAAGUGUCUAUUUCAGCAAAUGGUGCAGACAAAGCCGACAGGAGGAUGGAGGGUUGAAGAAAGCAUGGUGUAAAGGAGGAAGUGUAGUCUCAAUUUACCUCCACAUGUCAAACCUUGAUAGCAGGAACGUUUCUGAUAGCUAUCAGUUAUUGAUAAGGAAAAAUAAAUUGAUAUGGAAAAAUAAAUGCAUAUCAGUCACAAAGCAAUCGUCCAACACAGGUUUUCUACCAAAAGUAAAACAUAGACUUUUAAACUUCCCUAAUGCAGUACACAAGUAUAUGUAAAGCACAUAUGAACAUUAUAUGUAAAUGGUUCAACUCCAAAAAGACUAAAUAACCUGUUGUUAAUAACCAGCUUCCUAUUCUGUUCCAACAAGUCUGUUCUU